UAUAUAUUUACAUGGAAUAAUUCAAUAAACGCAUCAGUCUAUAUCAAAGUUCUCUCUAUAUUACAGAGUAGUUGGUGCUUGAUAAAUUAGUUAUAACAAGGUUCAAAAACUCUUUACUUUCAUCUAGUUGUUUGGCGAAGAAAUGACUGGUGAAAGAUUAAGCUGGAAAUCAAUAAUUCCAUGUUGUUACAAAGUGGAUGAUGAGUUUGUAAAAUCUAAGAAACAGGUGAAGAAACAGACUUCAUUCCAGAGGCUAACACUUUUAGACUUUGAUGAUCCAAGUUCACCGUUAUCGGCUGAUGAACUCUCUAAUUCAUUCAUUGGAUCAAGCCUCAUAAACUUUACAUUUACUGAUCUUAGAGAGGUAACACAUAAUUUUUCUUCUGCUAAUUUUCUUGGUGAAGGAGGAUUUGGACCUGUGUACAAGGGAUUCGUCGAUGACAAAGUUAGACCUGGAUUAAAAGCUCAGGUUGUGGCUGUUAAGAUGCUGGAUACAGAUGGUCUACAAGGUCACAAGGAAUGGCUGACAGAGAUAAUAUUCCUGGGGCAAUUGAGGCAUCCACAUCUGGUAAAAUUGAUUGGAUACUGCUGGGAGGAUGAUAAUAGACUUUUAGUGUAUGAAUUCUUGCCAAGAGGAAGUUUGGAGAAUCAACUCUUUGGAAAGUUUUCGAUCACAUUGUCGUGGUCCAUAAGGAUGAAGAUAGCAUUGGGAGCAGCAAAAGGUCUCGCGUUCCUUCAUGAAGGAGACAAACCAGUCAUAUACAGGGAUUUUAAGGCCUCAAACAUCUUAAUAGAUUCGGAUUACACUGCUAAACUUUCUGAUUUUGGACUCGCAAAGGAUGGGCCAGAAGGGGAUGAUACUCAUGUUUCCACACGAAUAAUGGGAACACAUGGCUAUGCAGCCCCUGAAUACAUAAUGACAGGUCAUUUGACGACAAUGAGUGAUGUAUACAGCUUUGGAGUAGUUCUGUUGGAACUGCUAACUGGUAAAAGGUCUUUGGAUAAGUCGAGAAGAGAAGGAGAACAUAAUUUAGUUGAAUGGUUAAGGCCUUAUCUAAGAGAUCCAAAGAGAAUUGCUCGUGUGAUGGAUCGAAGACUUGAAGAUGAAUACCCUAUGAAAGGGGCACAAACUGCAGCAUUAGUAGCAUACAAAUGUUUAAAUCACUAUCCUAAGCCUAGGCCUACAAUGGAUGAUGUAGUCAAGAUUCUCGAAACUCUUCAAGAUGAAAACAACAACAUCGACACUUCAAUCAGUGAUCCAAUGAUAACGAUGACAUUGAGUAGUGAUUUUAGCAGUGGAAGUGAGCAAAAUGAGGAUACUGCAGCACCAGAAAGGAAUACAAAUAACAAGUACUUGAAUAAUGAGAGAAAUCAAGGUUAUGGCUGGAAACAUCGACUCAAUAGACAACGAAUGGUGGCAUCAUACUCAGAUACAGCUCUCUAUCGAAGACAUUGACAUGGUAAAGGCAUUGCAGCGAACAAUAUAAGUAAAAUUGCACUUCGAUUUAUCGAUGCUACUAAAUAUUAAUGCAGUAAGCAGAGUAUACUGAAGAUAUAAUUUAAACAGCAUACUAGUUUCCUGUUAAGAUAUAAAAAUGUAACAUGAUUUUCUCUUCUUUUUUCUUCUUCAGUUGUUAGAUAUGAAAUUGAAAAAAGAAAACCAAGACUAAGCCAAUUCUGUUUGAAAUAGAUAUGUCAUUUCAUACCUAGCUAGACACUUGAUAACACCGACAUUGUGACCUAUGGAUCAAUAGUGUCGGUGAAACAAUAGGCGAUCAUGACCUAAUUUUUGGUUGUGUUGAUGAGAGAUAAGAGAUUAAUAUUCAUGUAUCGAAAUCUGCUUAGACAUUUUUAAAAAAUAAGGUUGAUUAAUAAA